GCUUCACAUUGAUGUUGAUCACCGCAAGCCGAGCGAUGAGCUCUUUGGCAUUUGGCAACAGUUCUUGGAGGACUUGAAAGCAGUCCGUCGCUUGCUCCAGGAGAAGGAGGAACAAGCAUUGCGCAGGCAGCGGCGGCCACUCCAGCGUAAGAGGAGGCAGGUGCGGAGAUCCGUUACGAUGCCCAACAUUGCUUCAAGCGAGGAAGCGUGCUCGAGGGCAACGGAGUUAGUACCGCGGUUGCAUCUUGGGUCGAGUCGAGAGCUCGAGGAUGUUUCGGCAAGUCUGGCCGAACUGCGUGCACAGCACAAAUACCGCGAAGCUUCAAGUGGUGAGAUAAGUCCAUCGGAGGUCUCUUCCGCAACGAGCUCUGGCGAGGAGGGUGCACUGGCUCGUCUUGGUCCAUCCAAGAAGCUUCCAGACGAAGAUCCCGGUGUCGACGAGGUUGGCGCCGCAGCGAGUUUCGGUCCUUCAGAGAAGCUCCGAGACGCCGCUGAGGAGCCCCCUGCUCAAUUUGCUCAAGCAGAUCAUGUUCAGAUCCCGUCAGAUGACAAGCACGACCUCACGCAAACCUGUGAGAAGGAUGUCCCAGCCAUUGGUCCUUCUGAGAAGCUCCAAGAGGACUCCGACUCACUGGGCACAUGCGGUGACAGGCGAGGUUCGGCAUUCCAGUGCUUAACCCGGGAGAGGUUGAGGACUGAUGGAGUGUUUGAGAUGGCCUUCGCAAUACCUUCGAGCCCUGAGCAAGCUGGCUUCGACCCGGGCGAGACUGCCCCUCGAAUCAGCAGACCUGCCGGCUCGGAGGAAGAUUGCAAAAGGAUACCAUCCUUGGCAUGUCCUUGUCAUCAUCACGAUCGUCAUCGACUCAAACAGGUGUGCUCAAAAACAAGCAGUAGUGUGAAUUUGGACGCGAUGAAAAAUCCAGUCACAGCAAUGUGA